AGUCAGUCCUGGUGCUUGAACGAAUGUAGGUGGCGUCGAAAGUGCCUUGCUGCUCCGGCUGAAAAUUUGCGCCUUGUCAGCGAUUGUUUUUAACAGAAAUUGACGCUAGAAAUCAUGACUGGCACAGAUCUUGCAGUCUCGAAGGUUGUGGUGCAUCCGCUGGUCCUCCUCAGCGUUGUGGAUCAUUUUAAUCGCAUGGGAAAGAUCGGCCACCAAGAAAGAGUUGUCGGCAUCUUACUCGGCUCCUGGAAAGAAAAGGGUGUUUUGGACGUUUCUAACAGCUUUGCUGUUCCUUUCGACGAAGAUGACAAAGACAAGACUGUCUGGUUUCUGGACCACGACUACCUCGAAAACAUGUAUUCUAUGUUCAAGAAGGUGAACGCCCGGGAACGUAUUGUUGGCUGGUACCACACUGGCCCAAAUUUGCACCCCAGCGAUAUCCCUAUCAACGAGCUGGUGCGAAGGUACUGCAGCACUUCUGUGCUUGUCAUCAUUGAUGCUCAGCUGCUCUCUAUUGGUCUACCCACGGAAGCAUACAUAGCUGUUGAGGAAGUUCACGAUGAUGGCACUCCGACCACCAAGACGUUCGAGCAUGUACCCAGUGAAAUUGGAGCAGAGGAAGCUGAGGAGGUUGGGGUUGAGCAUUUACUUCGUGACAUCAAAGACACCACCUUGGGCACUCUCUCACAGAGGAUAACCAACCAACUGAUGGGCUUGAAAGGACUUCAAGGCCAGGUGCACCACAUAAGAGAAUAUCUCGAGCAGGUGGUAGUGGGUACACUGCCAGUCAACCACACCAUCAUCUACCAGCUACAGGACAUAUUCAACUUGCUCCCCGACGUGGGUCUCCAAGACUUUGUCAAGUCUCUUUAUAUUAAGACAAAUGACCAGAUGUUAGUUGUGUACUUGGCAUCCUUGGUGCGCUCUGUGGUGGCCCUACAUAACCUCAUCAACAACAAGAUCACUAACCGUGAUGCUGAGAAAAAGGAGUCAACAAAAAAGGAUGAGCCAAAGGAAAAGAAACCUGAAGAGAAAAAGAAAGAAGUCAAGGCGUGAGCCACCCGUUUUUGAGCAGCUGGCCUCCUCAUGCUCCUACUUGGAUUGGCUGCCUCCUGGCACAUCCACGUGGCGACCAAGCCUCAUAGGAAUGGUCUACAGGAUGAUAGAGCCAAGUGGCUUCCUGCUCAUAAGCGUUGCACAAGAGUAAAAAAUUAAGCACCCAGCGCGACGCCUGAUUGCGUGCUUCUUGCUUCUUCUAGGCUUCCAGCUCUAGUGCCUGCUGCUAGGCACGCCCAUCAUCCUACUACAUUGAAAACGUCCAAGAAAAAUUUGCAGUUGAGAGCAAGUUGGGAUCAGCCACUUCUUGCAAGAAAGUAUUAAAUUGUACUUUGGGCAUUGUG